AUGGCCCAGCGACAUCUCCAUGCACCCUGUCUUGUAAGGAACUACUGUACGCUUGUUUCCUCCUUGUUUUCCCUCUUACUUCCCGCUCCGCUCUACUUCCAGCUCAAACAUCAUCCAAACACGUCGAUCACGACGUUGACGGCAGGAACUAGUAUGUCUUUCCCUUCAGGACCCGAAUCCUCACCGGCCGCAGAAUCGAUGCCCUUUGACAAGAUUGGCGCCGGCAGCUGCGGCGUGGUCUUUCGCGUUGGCGACAGCUCGAAGAUUGUCAAGGUGGCCAAGGACACGGGCUCCUCUGCCCUGCGACGGGACUUGAGAGUCCACAUGGCGACAUACUACCAGAUCAGGCGGUAUUGCGUCGACGAUGUCGAGGUGCCUCAGCCCAUUGCAUACUUUCCGUUGGGGUGCAGAGAGCAUACCAUAUUCAAUACUUGGUAUCCUCGGUUUGCAGCCGCCAUGGAACGCGAAGGGUUUCUCUCCGCUGCGCAGUUUUCCGUCGCAGAGCACAUCUCGCCUCCACCAGAGCGGUUUCUCGAGCUUCUCAUCAAGAAUCUCUGCCCAAAGAAGUUCCAGGCGAGGGCACGGAGGUCUCUCCUCGACAGGGACUGCCUCGUACGUGUCUUCCUGGGAAAGGUUGCCCACCGCGGUGAAGGCGGCCAGACUUUCCCACUGCCAGACAUUGCGCUUCAUCUUGAAGAGCUUGUCGAGAUUGGGAUCAGUGUCGAAGAUGUUGCUCGGGGCAUGGGCCGCACCAUGGCGGUGAUGCAUUGGGCGGUUCGGCACGAUGGGGGCGGCGUCAAGUUUGUUUUGGGCGGCAAGAGGGUGCGUCAAGAUGUGCCAGGCUUGGAUCACUACGGCUCUGAUGCCGAGGACGGCACCUACAUCGGCCCUGAUGUGGUGCCCUUUGAGGGAGUAGGAGUCUGUUACACUCAUAAGACAUGGCUCUUCCUCCUCGACUUCGAUCAGGCCAAGCCGAUGAGUAUGGAUGAGGCGGGCGUUCAGCAGGCGGUCGGGGCCAUGGAAGCGAAUGCUUCAUAUUUUCCCAGGCCGGGCGGGAGGACGGAACACCAGUGCAGGGCAUGGAAGGCAUUCGCGGAGGCUUACAUGGUGGAAUCUGCCGAGGUAAUCAACAAGGAGAGGCUUGAGAGCGACGUUUCGCGGCUCCCUCGCCUGUUUAUCCGCGCUUUGGUCGACAUGACGGAGGAUGAGGUGUCAGAGUGAUGCGAGUGCUAGUUGGGUAUCGCCUCGGUAGAGGUUUAUGUUUCAUUGACGCUCGUGCCUGCCGUGCGUCUCGCGUGUCUCGUCUCUUCUUGGCCGUGCUUGUCGUGUCGCUACACACAUGGAAGUUUGGAGUGGUG